AUGACUGCCGAGAGCGACCAAAGAGUGGAAAUAACUUCCAGCUCUCAAAUCGAAAAUUCUACGGAGUUGUCGAACUAUCCGAUCACCUCGGCAAACCACGUUCCCCCUCAGCAGCUUGGAGAAGUUGAAAAAGGCAAUGAACUCGUUCAAAAUGCCACGGAAGAAUCAACAGCCGAGCGAUCGCAUUGGAGGCUCUUUAUCGAUAUAAUCUCGUGGACACCGCCGCGAUGUCGGUGGAAUACCGAGAACCCCAGCAAAUUCGGCCUGCCUUUGAAUAUCCUGUUCGCGUUCUCGGCGACUUUUACUGUCGCCAAUCUAUAUUACUCACAUCCCAUUCUUGAUGUGCUCGCUCGAUUCUUCGACGUCUCGCAUGAGCGAGCCUCGUUGAUCCCAACCUGCAGCCAGGCCGGAUAUGCGACUGGACUGAUCCUUCUUUGUCCACUCGGAGACCUAGUCCGGAGAAGACAUUUUGUGUUGCUGCUAACACUUCUUACGGCGACAUUAUGGAUUGGUAUAUGUAUCACGAAGUCAUUCGAAGUAUUCCUUGUCCUGAGUUUUCUGACUUCAGUCACAACAGUCACACCACAAAUUAUGCUCCCUCUCGUCGGAGAUCUCGUCCCUCCAGCUCGCCGAGGAACAGCCCUAUCAAUCGUAUCAUCAGGACUAGUUCUAGGUCUCCUCUUCGCCCGCCUCCUCUCAGGCAUAAUAGCCGAAUACUCCCACUGGCGCAACAUCUACUGGCUCUCCCUCGCCCUCCAAUUCCUCAUCUUCACCCUCCUCUGGCUCUUCAUGCCGGACUACCCCUCAACAAACACCGACAUCUCCUACAUCAAAAUCCUCUACUCAAUAAUCGGCUACUACUGGACCUCCCCAGUCCUCAUCCAAGCAACCCUAAUGGGCUUCUUCCUCUCCGCAACCUUCACCAGUUUCUGGACAACCCUCACCUUCCUCCUUUCCGGAACCCCAUAUACCUACCCCACCGUAACAAUCGGCCUAUUCUCCCUGGCAGGCCUAACACCCAUGUUCCUUGGCCCGCUAUUCUCCCGCUACGUGAUUGACCGCUUCGAGCCGCAGCUGUCCAUCCUCGUCAGUCUGGGCAUUCUGAUCAUCGGCGUUAGCAUCGGUACCUACACGGGCACGUACAGCGUCGCGGGUCCGAUUAUCCAGGCUGCUUUGCAGGACUUUGGAUUGCAGAUGACGCAGAUUGCAAAUCGCAUCUCGAUAUACAGCGUUGCUCCCAAGGCAAGGAAUAGGAUUAACACCGGGUAUAUGAUGGGUGUGUUCUGUGGUCAGCUCAUGGGUACCUCUGUUGGCAAUCGGUUGUAUAGUCAGGGUGGCUGGAUCCUCAGUGGGAGUGUCAAUUUGGGGUUUAUUGGAGCUGCGCUGGGUAUUUGUCUUCUUCGCGGUCCGGCUGAGAAAGGGUGGAUUGGAUGGAGUGGUGGGUUUCCUAUCCGGAGGAUAGAGUAG